AUGGCUUCCCAAACUGGUGAAGGAGGUGCAGAAAACGAUGCUAGUAGGCGCACCAUGGCAGAUUAUGCAAUAGUUGUUGGCCCUCAUCAUUUUAACAGCAUUGCAAAGCCAAUGGUCAAUGCUGCAAACAUGAAGAUGAAUCCUGCUUUGAUCCACCUUGUGAAAAGCAACCAAUUCAAUGGACUGUGUCAUGAAAGUCCAUAUGAGCACCUGACCACCUUCAAUGAGAUAUGCAACACGGUGAAAAUAAAUGGGGUACCAGAUGAGGCUAUAAAAAUGAGCCUAUUCCCCUUUUCUCUUGGAGGUGAUGCUAAAGUAUGGUUGAACUUUUUUCCUGAGAACCAUUUCACUAGAUGGGAAGAUGUGGUUACAAAGUUCCUCAACAAAUACUUCCCACAAUCAAAGAUCAACAAAGGGAAGCAGGAGAUCUCUUCUUUUAGGCAAGGCAUGGAGGAAACUUUGGGACAGGCAAGGGAUAGAUACAAAAGCCUGCUGAGAAAGACACCUACCCAUGGUUUUGAUGAAGGAACAGUAGUAAUUCUUUUCCUUGGGGGUCUUGGGUCACAAACUAAAUUGUUGUUGGAUGCCUCAGCUGGAGGCAAUAUGAAAUUCAAGACCCCUAAUGAAGCCUAUGAAUUAAUUGAGAGCAUGGCUACCAAUGACAAUGAGAUACACAAUGAAAGAGGAACUUUAUCCCAACCUAAAGGAGUUUUCCAACUACAGCCUUAUGAUGCCUUGCUUGCCCAAAAUAAGAUCAUCACUCAACAAUUGGAGAUCCUGACGAAGAAGGUGAUGCAGCCACAAAAGGAACCUCAAAGUGUGGCACAAGUUCAGCAGCAACUUUGUGAACUAUGUGGUGACCAUAUUAAUGGUCAAUGUGCAGUACCGGAGAAUCUUAAUAAGGAAGUCAACUACAUGGGUAACCAGUUCCGCCCCAAUAAUUAUAACCAGGGGUGGAAAUCUCACCCAAGCAAUGGACAGGGUCAAUUUGGGCAAACUAAUGGACAAUUCAAUAGGCCCCCACAACAGCAGCAACAGUGGCAGCAACAACCCUCCAUGUCUGACAGAACCACAAGGCUUGAAGAGACUCUCCAACAGUUCAUGCAGGCAACUUUGUCCACACAGAAAAUCAUAGACGUUGAUAUCAAGAGCUUGGAGAUACAGAUUGGCCAAAUAGCCCAACACCUGAAAGAGAUGUCUUUUAAAGAUUUUGGGGCUAAUACUGAAGUUAACCCCAAAGAGGAAUGUAAGGCUAUUACAAAUGGAUCCCCCAAAAGACCCUAUGGUGUGGUAGAAGAUGUGAUGGUGCAAAUCAAUAACUUGAGAUUCCUGGUGGACUUUGUGGUAUUAGAGAUGGAGGAAAAUGCAGAGAUCCCUAUGAUUCUUGGAAGGCCGUUCAUGAAGGCAACCAAAGUAAUCAUCAAUGUUGAUGAGGGCACCAUAGCUCUCAAGGACCAAGAAGAGGAGGUAAAUGAAGAGGAAAAAGAUAACAAAGGAGUAGAUGUUCACCAAUAUCCUCUAAAAGAGCAUGAAGGACUAAGACUAGGCUUACCUGUACAGUUCAACAAAAAGCUCUGGGUUGUGAAAAAACUCAAAACUGAUGGGCUGAUAGAGAUUGAAUCUCCUACUUCUAGGAGAACCAAGAAGAUGAACAGGAAGAUGUUGAAGACCAAUUUGUGCGCCCAAGGAAAGAGUGACACCAAAAUAAAAGAUGUGACAUGA